GAGACGGAGGUUUGAGGAAAGGGUGUUGUGUAGAUGGGAGAUAUUGCCUCUCAUUGUGCUCCAUCUGAGUGAAAUAAGUUGAGAGGACAAGAAGGAGUUAGGAACGGUCAGGGCAUAAAGACGUGACAGAAGGAAUUUCAACCCUGGUUCUAGUUCUUGGUCUUUGUGUGGAGAUGAAGCUUCUCUUCCGAGCUCUGGGUGCUCUGCUCUGCUGCUCCUUGUCCUCCUCAAACACCCUGGAUCCUUCUGGGAAGAACGUCUGCCACAAUACCAGGAACCCCUCCAGCCCGGUCUGCUGCACUGGAUGGCGUCAAGAAGGGAAAGAGUGCACUAUACCUGUGUGCGAGGGUGAGCAGGCCUGCCUGAAGGAAGAGGUCUGUGUGUAUCCUGGAGUGUGUCGCUGCUCUCCUGGCUACUUUGGAGCUCACUGCAAAACACGCUGUCCUCCUGAGUUCUGGGCCUCAGACUGUCGCCAGGUGUGUCCUUGCCACCCAAAUGGCCGCUGUCACCCUGUCACUGGUGAGUGCACCUGCAACCAAAACCGUUGGGGUCCACUGUGCCAAUACACCUGCAAGUGCGGCCGACAUGGCCACUGCAACCCCUUAUACGGUAACUGCACCUGCGACGAGGGCUGGUGGACGUCCACCUGCUCCAAGCCGUGUCAAUGUGUCAACGGGGGAUCUACAGGCCCCGGAUGUGACCAGCUGACAGGUCGGUGUCAGUGCCACCGGGGCCACUGGGGGCUGAAGUGUCCCGGCACCUGCAACUGCUACCUGUCGCUGUGUAACCAGCGUAAUGGGGUGUGUGAGUGCAAGGCAGAGUGGUGGGGACCCAGCUGUGACCGGCGGUGUAACUGUGACCUCACACACAGCAGCUGUGACCCUGCAAGCGGGCAGUGUGUGUGCCACCUGGGGUUCAAGGGUAAAUACUGCAACCAGGCCUGUGACAUUGGGGAGUACGGCAGUGGUUGCACAAUGAGCUGUGGUUUCUGUAAAGACAAACAGCGCUGCUCAUCCACUGAUGGAGCAUGUGCCGCCUGCGAGCCUGGCUGGAACAACACACAGUGCGACCGCCCUUGCCCACCUGGUUACUAUGGCGACAGCUGCAAGGAGGAGUGUCCACGGUGCAGAAAUAAUGAACCCUGUGACCCAAAGACUGGGAAAUGUUGGAGAUGUGACGCUGGAUGGACUGGACCCAGGUGUGAGGAGGCCUGCCCAGACAGGACGUUUGGAGACGCCUGCAGCUUCCUGUGUAGCCCUUGCUUCCAUGGUAACUGCCAUCAUGUGACAGGAAGAUGUGUCUGUCAACCCGGCUUUCAGGGAGAGAGCUGUAACAGCAGCUGCUCCGCCCUGCAGUUUGGGAUGAACUGCUCCUCCGCCUGUGACUGUGGUGAGGGUAUCGAGUGUCACCCAGUUACCGGUGUCUGCCCUAACAGUAUCAGCGGAUCUGUCCUGGCAGGUGUGCUGGUUCCUUUGCUCCUGGUGCUCCUCACUGUGCUCUGCUGUUGUCUGUGUUGUGGAGGAGGCCCUGUUGAUGGCAAAGACAGAGCGACUGUGGCUGAAGGAGGCUGGUCGGCUCGGAUGAAAUAUCACGUCUACAGCGUCCUGGCAAACAUUGGUGCUUCACUUCCCUGUAUCUCUGAUUGGUCAUCUGGCUUGCCUCGUGUCACUGUGUCUCACCAUGACCCUGAGCUGACGUUCAAUCACAGCUUCAUUGAGCCUCCAUCCUCUGGAUGGGUGACUGAAGGAUCUUCGUUCGACAGUGAUGAGGAGGAAGGAGAGGCGCUCUACUGUGUCCCUCCAAGAGAAGACAUACCCGCUGUGGCAGGCGGAGAGUUCCAGGAGAUGAGUUCAAAGUGCAACAUGUUCUUAGACCCGUCUGGCUUCAGCAGUGAGGACAUCACUUCCCCCUUCAACAUCCCUCGCACCUCCAGCAUCGCCAAGGCCAAGCGGCCAUCUGUCUCUUUUGCCGAAGGCACUCGCUUUAGUCCCAAAGAGAGGCGUGGCUCAGCACAGGACCUAGGCGCUUCCUCUGGACGCAACAAACCCAAGGCACCCUGGGGGGUUUUGAUGCUGUCUGCUUUGCAGAGUCAGGUAGGUGCAGCUAGAACCGGGGAGGUCAGUGGAGCUGAAGGCGAGGAGAGUGAGUAUGAAGUGGACUUGCAGGAGACAGAGAACCAGGAAUCAAGCUGUGAUGCAGGAGACCAGGAUGUAGACAGAACGCCAUCCCCUGGCGCUUCAGGAAGAAGGCGGACUAUGUCAAACACAGCUGCUCAUAAAGUGACCCAGCUGCCAUUAUCUGCCUCUGAUGCUCAAGUGGGGGUCUUAAAUAAGGUCACGACAGUUUACGUGACAGUGGGUAAAGCAGGUAGGCCUGUGUCGAAGACUGAAUCCAGCUCCGAAGGCCCCGUUCAGGCCAUGCUGCGACGACUAGGCAGCCUGCAGAGACAGAGGGAGCAGGAGUCCAGUCGACCAAAGCCUGAGGCAGCUGAAGCGAUCAUCAAACCACCGAGGAAGAAGCUCGGAGCUCGGGCGAGUGUGUGGGAACAGGGGAGUCCGUCUGGAGGGGAGGUAGGCAUAUGUAAGCCAAUCAGGAGAAAGCAUGCCGCUCUCAACAACCCUGACUCAACAGGUGCAUGUGACACUCCAUCAUCAGAGAGCGGCACUCCAAAAAGACCGCUCUCGUUCAUUUUGCAGAGUGUGCCAGAGGUGGGUUCCGCUGACUCAGGGUCUGAUCUGAGGGCUGAAGGAUGCUCCGGUACAGGAAACACUGAAAGCACCUACCUGACUGUGGGACCAGUAGGAGACGCGACGUGCCUCACCGAGGUCAUCGCCAAUGAAGCUGCAGUGGUCAGUGUGAGCGAUGAACCCUGCUAUGAAAAUGUCUGCAUCAACCACUCAUAACCUCUGGAAAUCCUCACAUCAGCAGGUCUGAUCCAAACACAACAACAUAAUCUGCAGCCGAAACACUACAGGCCCAAAGUAAAAAAAAAAAACAUACCUACUGUAAAAAGGUAUAUGAUCUACAGAACAUACACAAACCACAUGAAAUGUAUUUUUGAUUUAAGGUAAAUGUUAAAAAAGAAACAAUGUAGGUUUUCCUUUGGGAUCAUAAAUCCAGUGGGUAACAAGGGCCGAGCUACAAAACAGUACAAGGACUAAAUAAUGUGAAUGCUUAUUAUUUUUAUUUUUUGUAGUGAAGUGAUUUACUAAUAAUAUUGUACUAAUUGUAUGCAUACAAGUACUGUACUUCAGGCCUGUGUCGACUUCUUGACACAGGAGGAAUUAACAUACAUAAUGAUGAGAUAAUCGUCUUUUAAGGGAAUGUAAAGAAAUAUAUAUUAUAUUUGUAUUUUUACCAGAAAGACAAGAGCAAGCAAAGUAAAUUAUUGUAGUAGUUGUUGUAAAUGCAUCAACUGUGUACAUGGUUCGAGAGGAAACAGAUGUAAUUUAAUCACCAGAAUGAGAUUGGAGUCAGCUGCUGACGUCAUGUUUUUAUUGGUCAUGGAUGAAAAACACACAGCCACAGACUGUGUUUACACAAUGAGUACACGAUACAUCCUUAAGAUACGUUUAAAGCUUGUAAAAUACAAUAUAAUUCCAUUAACAGUGUAUCGUAGUAGACGUUUUUGCCCUCUUAUACCAGGCAGAAGAUAUCAUAAAGUGUUAAAAAAUGUUUCCACAUCUACGUCCUGACCUUUGCUGUUGACACAAAACACCCACCAUUUAAUACAACUACAGAUAUGUCUUUACAUUCAAGGGGACAACUGUACAACUUUACACUAAAAUCGUAUGUCCCUUUAUCGUAUAAUACCUGUAUCAUGUUAUGAAUGUUCAUUUUUCUCACUGUUAACUGUAUCUAUGUUUACCACUGAUAAAGCAAAUAAACAUGUUCUAGUUUAUA